CACACGAGUUGAGGAAAAGGAGUUAAAAGAAGUACUCUGGCGAGCUCCAGAUGUACAGAAAUUUCUCUUGCUCGACUAAUAAGGGUCGACCGUGCAAAAGACUACAGUUGGAACCCCACCAAAUGAAAGAAAAAAAUGUAAAUGAAAGUGAGAAAAAGGGGUUCCAACGGUGAAAUGAAGUGAAAGAGCACCCCGGUACAACGAAUCCUUGGUUGUGAAUGGUGUGAGUCCCUUUAUCCAUGAACUGACUGUCUUACUUCUACUUUUUCUCAUGAUCCUGGCUUGAGUCUAGUACUCGCAUUGAGAGAGAUAGGGAACGUCUUAGAAGACCAGUUGACCUCGUAAGCUGCUAUAUGAUCUAGGAAAUCCUCUACCAAAGAUCGGGGUUGUAUGUUGCUAUAGAGCUCUGGAGAGCUGCAUUGGUUUGAGUUAGGUUUGCUUGGGGACAAGCAAACAGUUAAGUGUGGGGGGAUUUGAUGACUCGGUAUUUGCACAUUUUUUCCCCUUUGUUUCUUGAUUGUUUGAGCUUGAAUUAUCGUGUCUUUGGCCUAUUUUACGCUAGGUUGUGUUCCUUUGUCACAUUUCAGGUCCUAGCACAUAAAGUGAAGCAUAGGCGCAAGUUUCAAGUCAAUCAGAGAUCAAUUGACGAUUCGGGAGAAGAAACUCGGGUAUGACCUGAAGAAGAAUGGAUUUCUAACUCACUUUAUGGACAAAGAAUCAUGCAAGCUUGUCAUUAAUAGAAAGAGGACGAGACUACGAGCGUCUGGGAUCAAACGGCGACUGAUUCGGAGUCCGGACGAGGGAGAAACGAAGCAUUAAACAGAGGUUGAGCAAGCCACACGGGCACAACCCACACGGCCGUGUGACCUGGCCAUGUGGCCGUGUGGAAAUCACCGAGCCUUCACACGGGCAGCGUGGAAAGCCACACGGCCGUGUGGCCUGGCCGUGUGAGUCGGGAAUUGCUGUUUAAAACCCGAUUUUCAGCAAAAGGAAAGGGGGAGAGCUGGGUUUUGGAUCCCAAACACCCAAGGGACGAACCCUAGAGAGAGAGAGCGACUUGGGAACAUUCUUGGAGCUAUUUUGGAGGAUUUCUUCGCCAUUGGAGCUCGGGAAUCAAGCUUGGAGAUGGAGAUUGAAGAUCUAGAUCAGAUUUCUGCAGUCUCUCUCUUCUCUAUGGAGUAACUUCCCUUCACUUAGGUUUUGAGGAACCUUAGUUCCAUGAGUUAGGAUCUUUCUUGUAUGAAGUUUUGGAUGCUAUAUUGUUUGAUUAUAAUCGAAUGAUGCAUGUUUAUUGAGUCAAUUGAAGUCUGAUCAACUUUUCCUGAUUCCUGCUGCAAUCUGAGAUAGAUAGAAUCUGAUUAGGUUGCUAGAGUCUCAUCAUUCGGUAGUAGGAGAUUGGCUAUACGAGAGUUAGCCAGUUUACUGCUUUGUACUGGAAUCCAAUUCCAGUAGUGGAGUUCUGUGCUUAUUGCUUCAGCUUUCUAUCCCGGUGAAGACUAGUCGUCUGCCGGAUAGUUAGACUGAGAGGGCUUGGUCAGCUUAAGAGAUUCCAAGCUACUGUCGGAUCUUCCGCAGUUUAAUCAACAGUAAAUCAACCAAAAGGAAUUACAACUUGGACCUAAUUGAGGAGCUAGGGGGAAUCAUACCUAAGUGAGUUCCCAAACUGUAAUUAGUAGUUUUACUUAGUUUAGUUAGUAGAGUAGUUUAGUUAAUCAAUCCUUAAUCUAGUUUGCUAGAUAAUGAACUGAAGCUGAGUAAUAGUAACUCUAGAGACCCGUGGAUUCGAUAUUUAUUACUUGUGCCACUAUACUGCAGUCCCUUUCAUUGGUUACACUUGGCCAUUGUUAGGUGUUGUGUUUUAGAGCAUCAAGUUUUUGGCACCGUUGCCGGGGACUUUCUAGAGUAUUAGGAAAGGCAGAAGUUUGUUACUUUAGCGUUUUUCUUUUCUUUCUUUUCCACCUUUGCUUUUCACUUGGGUGUUUUUGUUUUUGUUGGUGCAGAUCUGAAUCAUGGAUCCUAAUGGCUUUUCCAAUCAUUGGGGGUAUCCACCACCAUCCGGGUGGUAUUACCCCGCGACUCCCUACAGCAAUCAAGGAGGAGAAGACUAUGGAUUCGGGUUCCAGUACCAACCCCCUUACUAUGGAGAACAAUCAGACCCCUGGGCAUAUCAAGAACAACCUCAUUGCCAAGAAGACUUUCUCCCACAACCAGAAGGGCCAUCGGAGCUGGAGUUACCCAUGGCGGCCUUCACGGGCCACUCUGAAGAGCCAUGCUACACUUCAAUGGAGGAUCCGAACGAACAAUUAAGGCUUCUCGUGGAGCAGUUUGCUCGAGACACUGAGAAAUCAUGCUCCAAGAUGGAUCUUCAAAUCAAAGCCCUUGCCACUUCCGAUCCCUCAUUUCUCCAUGAUAUGGAGGAGACUGUUCAGCGCUCAGCGAAGCAAACAGAGUGGGUGAAGCAAGUUUGCUCACAUCUUGCUCAAGAUCACCUUUCUGCUACCACGCUAGAAGAGGUGGAGGAUGACAAAGGCUAUGGGAGCGUUGAGGAGCAUACAGAAGUUAUCACAGAGAACUCACAUGAUAACCAUGAUCAGGAAAGUCCUUUGGUUGCAGACCACACCUUUCCUCAUUUAUGCUCUAACAUGCUGGGCCCGUGCAAGGAGAUGCAAGAUGAUCCCAUUGAAGAAAUUGCUUGGCGACUUGCUCUCCAAUCUGUUCUAGAAGAAGAAGAGCGAGCAAGGAUGAGGAAGGAAGUUGUGGAUGAUGAGGAAGAAAGAAAAGAAGAGGUGGUUCUUGAUCUUUUCCCAGGGGAGAGACCACAUUUUGAAGAAGGAAGGGGGGUUGAGGAAGCAAUUGGCGUCCAGGCUGAGGAUGAAGUUGAGGUGGAAGAGGCAUGCACCGGCCAUGAGUUGCAAGUAAUAUCCCCACCAAACUUUGAGGAACUGCUUGGCAAGGACCCAUUUGCAGUGUCUCUUUGCCAGACCAAGGCCACAUCGACAUCGGUCCCUCUUGGUGGACGCGAUGGUGGUCGGUCGAUGCUGUCAUAUCUGGUUUGGGGCAAGGAGACAAGAGAAGAGAAGAAGAGGUCUCGAGGGUGGAGACUUCAUCUGCAUCAAGUACAUGAGCCUUCAUCACCUGCCACACCACAUGCUCGUGACUUGAGACUCCACCUCAUCGACGAGAACCUCAACUUCAAGGAGGUUCUAGCAUGGACCGAAACUUAGGAGCCAUCGUCCGGCUCACGACGUGAAAGAAGCGCUUUUUGGGAGGCAACCCAACCAGUCGGUUUGCAUUUCUUUCUCUAUUUCUCCUCGGUUGAGUCAGUUUUGUUAUUUGAUUUUAGAGUCAAUAACUCAACCUUUGUGAGAUUUUGUGUGGUGUUUGUGUUCUGAUUACUCUCUCUUCCUGGAAUGCACUGCCUGACCCGUACAUCAUCAUUCACCCUUGAUCUGGUAACUUCGUUCUACCCUCCUUAUCUUUCCUCCAUUGAGGACAAUGUCGUGCUUGAGUGUGGGGGGGUGUUCGAUUAUGUAUGCGGGUGAACGUUUGGCUGUUUGUGUGCUUGGAGCCUAGUCCACUGUCCAAAUUUUUAAAUUUGAGGGCUCCAAGUAUGUGUUUCCUUGCAAAUUUCCUGCUCAGUAUGCUUUGAAUUGACAGUCUCUAUAGUAAUGUGCAACCUAGGGAGGUAGUGUAGCACUAUGGAGGAUGUUGAAGUAUAAGAUUUUUCCUAUCUAGCUCUCUGUUGUGCCAGUUGAUUUUGUGAAUUAGUGGAGCUAAGACCGUUGAAUUCAUGUGGUAAUGGUGACUCUGUUUGGAUUAUGUUAUGGACUCGUGUAUCGAAUAGGGUGCUCAUAUGGAAAAUGGGAAGCAGUUGGUCCUCCAUGUCAAAAUCAUUAAAUCUUAAACAUGGGG